AUGCUGGCCACCUUCCCGCGACCCGUCCCAUCGCGACUGUCGCUGAACUGGCCGCUUGUGAAGAGUGGCAGCAGGAGAGAAGAGUUGAUCCCAGUCGUCAACUUCUCAGAGGCACAUAUCCAAGGGCCAUGCCGGGAUCCUGGUGGAGCCCUUAGUGGUCGCAGUCUACUGCCGGACCAACUUUGUGGAGAAGACCACAGGACAGCAGCGUGGCCACAGGAGGCCGAAGCGAACGAUGCUCAACACGAGCUGAAAGUUCGCCUCGAUGCUCUGCGAUUGCUGCUGGGACGCCCAGAUGGUUCACCAGAUGUCUGGAAAAUCGUCGAAUAG